AUGACUGAAGCAAAGCAGAUUUCGGAAACCUAUGUAGCUGUCAAUAAAGAAACCAAGAAUGCACGGGACACCUGGAUAGCAGCCAAAGGAUCUUCCAUCUUUCAGUCCAGGCAUAUGAAUAUGUGGCUGAGAGAACAAAUUAAAUGUCUCCUUAAUGAAGGGAAUAACAUCAAGGCAAACAUUUGGGAUCUACAAGAAGUGAUGAGGAACACAAAAGCGGAACUCAAAAGGAUAAAGCAAGCCGAGGAAGCCAUAACUUUCCUAGAAACAGACAUUGAAGCGGCUAAAAAAAAGCAGGAGGAGGAGAAUGAAACAGCAUCUUUAGAGGAGCAAUUUCUGAAAAAAAUGGAGAAGGACAAUGAAAAUUUGCAUCUAAGAAUCUUCAUGCUUUCUGAGAAGAGUUCAGCUCUGACAGCAUCAAAGAAUAUCAACCAGCAGAAUUACCUUCAGCUCUGCUGUUAUGUCAAUAAACGAUGGAGAGAGCUCCAGGAAUGCAAACUGACUUGUGAAGAGGAAGAUGAGAUUUUCACAAAGAUGAAACACCAAAUCCGGGAGCUAGAAGAGCACAUACAAGAGUAUGAAGUAAAAAUACAGGUUCUUCAGGACAGAGAGAAAACUCUGCAGAGUGAGCUGUUAGCUGUUGCGAAAGAAAAGGCUCGAUGUCACAGCAAGUUCCCAGGCAAGUUUUUGAAUCUUCACCCAAAGAACUUGAUGUAUGAAAUAGCCAGGGCCGAACUGGAAGAAAAAAUAAGAAGGGAAGAAAAGCCUAUGAAAAAGAAGCUUUGUGGUGGUAG